AUGGCGGCACCACCCAAAGAUUUCGACACUGGGGCACAGCCCCUUGGGGCUACCCAAGAGAAAGGCCAGUCCCUGCGCGCUAACAGCAGCGACGGCGAGCUUCGCGAGGGCGUUAUUGAGCGCGACAACGCCGACCAGCUCCAGCGACAUCUCGGCAAUCGUCAGAUCCAGCUGAUCGCGAUUGGCGGCUCCAUCGGUACUGCCCUCUUCGUCAGCAUCGGCACUGGUCUCCAGCGCGGCGGGCCAGCUUCUCUCUUCCUCGGUUACCUCACUCAGUCCAUUGUGCUCGCAUGCGUCAGCAACGGCUUGGCCGAGAUGUGUGUCUACAUGCCCAUCUCUGGCGCCUUCAUCCGCUUCGCCGGCAAGUGGGUGGACGAAGCUUGGGGAUUCAUGGCUGGUUGGAACUUUUUCUUCUAUGAAGCCUUCCUGAUCCCCUUUGAGAUUGCGGCCCUGAACCUUGUUCUCGGCUUUUGGCGUGACGAUAUUCCUGAAGCUGCUGUGUGUGUUGGAUGCAUCGUGUUGUACGCCUUGCUCAAUGUCGUCGCCGUCAAGUACUUUGGCGAAGCCGAGUUUUGGCUCGCCAGCGGCAAAAUUCUGCUGAUUCUCAUCGUCUUCACAUUCACCUUCGUGACCAUGGUCGGUGGCAACCCCGAUAAUGAUGCCUACGGUUUCCGAUACUGGAAGAAUCCUGGCGCUUUCGCCGCCUAUCAGACCACGGGCGACCUCGGUCGCUUCCAGGGCUACCUAGCGGCCCUUUAUUCGGCAUGCUUUACCGUCGUCGGCCCUGAAUAUCUAUCCAUGGUCGCCGGUGAGGCCAAGCGUCCGCGGACCUAUCUCAAGCAGGGCUUCAAGUCUGUGUAUUGGCGCUUCGGCUUCUUUUUCAUCGGCGGAGCCCUGUGCGUCUCCAUCGUCCUCCCUUACAAUGACCCGGAUCUCGACAACGCCGGAGCCGGCACCGCCAACGGCUCGCCGUACGUCAUCGCCAUGAAGAACAUGGGAGUCGGGGUUCUUCCCCACGUGGUCAAUGCUCUGCUCUGUACCAGUAUUUUCAGUGCCGGCAAUGCCUACACGUACUGCGCAAUGCGCUGCUUGUAUGGACUUGCCCUGCAGGGGCAGGCCCCGAGCUUCCUGAAGAAGUGUCUCAGCAACGGUAUUCCCGUUUACUGUUUUGCCGUUGUCAUGGUGUUCCCCUUCAUCUCGUUCCUCCAGGUAUCGGGCGACACAGCCGGUGUCGUGACGAAGCUACAGAGUUUGACGUCGGCAUCUGGUCUGAUCAACUACAUCGUGAUCAGUGUCACAUACAUCUGUUUUUACCGCGCCUGCGAGGCCCAAGGGUUGGACCGGAAGACGCUACCUUACACGGGAUGGUUUCAACCAUACUGCGCCUAUAUUGGUGUGUUCUGGAUGACUCUAAUGGUCCUCACCUUCGGGUACACCACUUUCCUCACAGGAAACUGGGACACCCUCACAUUCUUCUCCUACUACACCAUGGUCUUUGUCGCCAUCAUUUCAUUCACUGGAUGGAAGCUUUUGAAGCGCUCGCGCAUCGUCCGUCCUCACGAGGCCGACCUCAUCUGGGAGCGACCUAUCGUUGAUGCCUACGAGGCAAAGUUCAGCUCGCCACCGACACGGUUCCGCGACGAUGUCAAAAACAUCUUUCGCCGCAAGAACAAACAGGGUGCGGGGGCUGCUGAAGAGGCUGCAAUCGCUUAA